AUGAAUAUACUAGUAUUAAUAUUCUUUGGAGUGAGUUAUGCCAAUACGCCAGUAAAGGAGUAUGGAUAAUGUUUGGAUGAAACCUUGGCCUAAUCUCCAAUAUAGUUAAAGCCACCAUUUGGACAUAUUGGUUGAUUUAUGUAAUUAAUAAAGCUAGAACUAACAUUGGAAUUUGAGUUUUUGGAGGCUCGAGAUUUAUCGAUAAAGCAUACAGGAUAUGAAUUGGUGUGUUAGGGAGCAUUCGGUUUUGUGAAGCACAAUAAUAAAAUAUUUAAUGCCUAUCAAGUAAAAUUUAAAUCUCCAUCAGAACACUCAUUGUCAGAAAACGAUUAUUUUUAUCCAAUAGAAAUGCAAAUAUUUUUAAUAUCAUAAUAAAAGUUUAGAAUAGGUUUCAGUGUUUUCUUUCGUCUAAACAAAGAUCACACUGAAAAUGCUUUAUUAGCAAAGUUCGGAUUUGGUAAGAACAUAAUCAAGGAACUGCAGCCAGGAGAUUUUUAUGUAGUUCCCGAAGCUAUAGAUUUGGGAGUAUUAUUUGAUGAGACAGGUAUAAAGUCUUAUAAUUUGUUCAAUUAGAUAAAUUUCUAGUUUAUCAAGGAAGUGAUACAUUUCCUCCGUGUGGUUAGAUGGUCUGGUUGACAUUGUUUAAGAUAUAUGAUAUGUCUUCGAAUCAAGCUAUCGACUUUCCAGAACUCCUAUUAUAUUCGGUUAGGGAAUAAAAGGAGAUGAAGCGACCAAUUUAUGCGAAUUUCGAUCCAGCAUUGUUUAUUAUUACAGAUGGGGAAAUGAAUACCAAAUAGGAUCUGAAAACUUAAAGGACUAGGAAUCAAGUUGACAAAAAGGUAUGUGUAACAAUUCCAAAUAGCUUGUAAAAGAUAAUUUUUAUAUUUAUGGAGCAAGUGAAGGAUUGGAAUUAGAUGGAUUUGUAUUUACUGCCUCAGGAUAGUCAGGAGGGAAGAUUGUAAGAACAGAGGAUUUCUUUAUAAUCAAGUUGAAGCCAGAAGCAAAGGAUGUUUAGGAAGAUGCAAAAGAAAUAGAGUAGUAACCAAUAGAUUCUUAAUCUCAAUAAGAAUAGACAGAAAAUAGCAACAUUGAAUAACCCAUUGAUGUUUAAGAAAAUAGUAUUCCUGAAGAUUUUGAAGAGACAGAUCCUUACAAUAAGGAUGAGAGUAAGGAACCUCAAGAAUUAAAUGGUCAAGAUAAUACAAAAGAGGGUGGAGACGCUGAUAGAAAAAGUAAAUUGGACAUGCAUUCCAGAAUUAAGGAAAGACAGGCAAGUAAGAGCAAGGACAAGAUCAAUGAAUAUAAUGAAAAUUAAAUAAAGGAAAAGCAAGAAUAAUAAAAAUUAGAAGAAUAACAAGAGGAAGGGGAUAUCAUUUCAGAAAUGGAUCAAUUCAAAAAUUGGCCCAGAUUAUGCCAGACAGGAAAGUCAUAAUCUCCCAUCAUACUCGAUUUAAGGAAUCUUCUGAAAUAACCAAUUAAAGAACCUAUAUUAUCAUAUUAUGUAGUACCAAAAGAACUCUAUUUGAGCAAUGAUGGAUAUCAACUAAAAUUGAUUAGUGAUCCUGGAGGUUUUGGAGCUUUGAGUUGGAAUGGGAAAAUAUAUCAGGCUCUUGAGUUGAACUUUCACACCCCUUCCGAACAUACAAUUGGAGAAAACUAAUUUAGAAUGAAUUGCGAAAUCUAAAUCAUGCAUAAAUCAAUUGAUGGAGACAUUCUCUAUUUAGUCCUCUUCUUACAUAACACUUACCCUAAUGAGAGUAAUGAAUUUUUAGAAUAAAUUGGGUUACCAUCUUCUAAGAGUAUAAAUUACAGAGCUGUUGAAAAAGGAGAAUUAAUUCAAAUUAGUAAGGAAAUCAAACUCGCUGAUUUGGUAAGAGAUGUUUCUGAAUUUGUCUACUAUACUGGAUCUCUGACAGUGCCUCCUUGUGUUGAAAAUAUCCAAUAUGUCAUUAGAAGGAGCAGAUUGCCAAUAUCCCUAACCUAAAUAGAAAAUAUGUAGCGUUUGAUAGGGAAGAAGGAAAAUUUUAGACCCAUUCAAAAUCUAAAUGGCAGAAAUUUAUUUACGAAUUGAAU